GUUGAUACACCCUGCUUUCCUUAGUUCACAUUAAGUCUGCACGUUACUUCACAAUAACACUGCACGCUAAAUACGAUCAGGACAUAGAUCGGAUCACUCUUAGUCUUAGUUACUGGAUACUUGUUGUAAGUUAAAGUUUUUAUAACACUAAAAAUAAAAAAAAUAUUUUAAACGAUAGCACAGAAAAUUAUCUAAUAAAUAAUCAUUUUUGAUAAUAUAAUUCAUUUUUUAAAUGAUGUACUUUCAACGUUCAACAAUGAAUUCCAAGUCAAUGUUCUUUUUUUUUUAAAAUGCAUGCCAUCAUUCUAAAACAUCUCGCUGCCAUUGUUAUCAAAGUAUCAGAUUAAAUUGAAUGAUUUAUGAUAAACCUAACAGUAAAACCAUCUUUUCAUCUUAGCCCCAAUGUCCACUCUUAAAAUGCUGACAGUUCAUGUAGUCUUGUUACUACUGUAUAUCUCCGCCCGUACAAACGCGGUAUACGUGAACGAGUUUGACCAGCAAGCUUUGUUUCACUGCCAGACUGGUGAGUACAUCGAGGAGAUCGAAAGUGAGCACAAUAACAACCACGAAGACAGACGCUGGAGUUUUCAAUGUGGUGGUGACGGGGCGACGUCUGCUUGCACCUGGAGCUGUGAGUUGCUUUUAUUAUUUUCAUAACUGGAAUUUAAAAAAAAAAAAUACUCACUGUUUUAUGUUCAAGACAUUGACAAGGAUCUGCAGACUUUCUCUGAGAAAACAGGUAUAGAGAUUAUCAGGUUUAACCAAUUUACAAAUGUCAAUACAAUGCAAGAUAACUAUAUAACAGCACAAGCGUUUAUAAAAAUAAAAAAAACGCAAAUUAAUGCAUUCAUUGAAUGGAUUGUCACACAUACCAACGAUUUAUGCUUGAAAGAAAAUGCUGAAAUUAAAUAAAGCCUAAUGACUUAUAACAAACGACUACACAUUUAAUUAUAAUUUGAUUGGAUACACCUUUCAAUGAUUACCGUCAAAACACACACGCAAAGACACAUAAAAUCAUAGACACACACACAUAUCCAAAUAUAGUCAACGCUAGGUACUGAAUCUGUUGUUGUUGUCCACUUCAGCUUACGUGAACUCAUGGAGGGAGAUGGUGGCCUACAUAUGUCCGGGUGACACUGUGGUCACUGGUAUUGACAGUUACCAUGACAACGGUUCAGAAGAUAGACGAUUCAAGUUUAGAUGUUGCGGCAUUGCAAGUUAGUGUCUGUUAAUAAAACUCUCUAAACUUUAAUUAAGAUAGAAACAAAUAACAAACAAAAAAUAGUGUUCACUGUUUAUGUUGAUGAGAUCAAAUCAGUUAUAAAGACUUUGUCGUUAGAGAUUUAAACGUAACUUGGGAUCGCUUUAAGUGGAAUGUGUCAAAGAAUAAAAUGUCAUAUAAUAUAAUGUCAUACAACAGAAUGAGCAUGCCAUAGAAUAGAAUUUAAUAGAACAGAAUGUCAUAGAAUAGAAUGUCUCAGUAUUUUCCAUUUUUUCAACAGUUGACUUCUUCUCUUCUGUUUAUUAUUAUUAGGUAGUUUAAAUAGCGAAGUGCCACAGCGUAGGGCUAGGCUCACCGCCCUUCACAUAAAAAUAGCAAUUACAGAAACGUAUACAUUUAAAAACAACAAUUGGUAAAAAGCUUGACCUCACCCAGCCAAGUACUAGCUACCUCUGUCUGGUCAUGGACAGCACCCACCCAAGUACUAUCUACCCCUUUCUAGCCAUGGACAGAACCCGCCCAAGUACUAUCUACCCCUUUCUAGCCAUGGACAGCACCCACCCAAGUACUAUCUACCCCUUUCUAGCCAUGGACAGCACCCAGCAGAAUCGAGCGUUGUUUAUCAGUUAGAGGGGGGUGACAAUGAGCCGGGAUAGUACUGUUUGAAGUGAUGAGUCUUGAGGGCAGUUUUGAAGGCUGUGAUGGUCGUUAUAUGCGGGUGUGUAAUGGGAGAGAAUUCCAUUGUUUUGGGGCACGGAAAGAUAAAGAUCGUUUACCAUAUGUUUUAGUGCGUGUACUGGGAACAGAAAGAAUACGUGUGUCUGCGGAGAAACGAAGCUUUCGAAGGGGUGAAUAAACAGUAAGAAGUUCAGUAAGAUAGGAAGCGCAGAGAACAGACAACCUGUAAUCAAUGUGUGCCUGUACAGGGAGACAAUGAAGUUAGUGGAGUGACUUGAUCAAGUUUCUUUGCCUUUGGAACUAACUUAGCAGCUGCGUUUUUUAACUUUCUGCAGUUUUUCUAGGAAAUGUUUUGGUAAACCUGACAGAAGAGAGAUACAAGAGUCAAGACGAGAGAGAACAAGAGAACAGACUAGUGUUUUUGGUGCGCUAACUGUGAGGUAGUCGCCGAUUGAUCUGAUCUGACGGAUAGCGGUGUACGCAGAGCGACAAAUAUUAGAAAUAUGAUUAGUGAGAGACAUGUUGUCCGAAAGAAUGCAACCCAGAUCCCUAGCAGGGUGCACUCUAUAUCGGAGCUACCUACUUGAAACGAGAUUGGGGGGGGGGGGGAGAGCUUUUCCCCCCUAUCUUUAUCUAUCUAUAUAUCGCUUUUUCUUUCUCCCAUCUCUUUCCUUUUAAAAUAUUAAAUAUAAAAAUAACUUAUCCGACGAGACAGACGAGACAGAGGAUGAGGAGUACCUACUGCUGUCCAUGACAGCAUGGACUGACACGCUGUUCCAGAACUAGAUGUUGAUGACUGCGAACUCCUGUGGGUAAAGAUAAGGCUAAAGCUAAAGGGUAGACGCAAACUUUACCUUUAUGCCUAUUACAGACACAACACAGCAGAUGAACCAAGCUUGAGCAGGCUUGUUGUGUCACUUCAGAGAGCAAUUCAGUCGAAGAACGUUUUUCUUCUUAAAGAAGCAGAGUUCAGACUAGCGCGCUAAAAAAGAACCAGGCUGGGCGAGAAAUCCCCAUUGAUGCCAAGGCAGACUUGGACAUCCCGAGAAGUGCAACGACAGAGUUGAGCUCUAACUGCAUGAGAUUCAGGGUAAUGCGACAACAAAAGAAGUGUGGAUAAAGAUCAAGACAACAAUCACUGAUGCAGUGAAGAAAUACAUACCACACAAGACAACCAAUGUGCUUGUGCUGGACUUUUCAAAGGCAUUUGACCGUUUCAAUCAUAGUUUGCUAUUACACAAACUUCAGAGAUAUUGCAUCCAAUGCACUACCGAAACAUGGAUCUCUAGCUUCCUCAGCGACCGAUGCCAGGCAGUAGUGGUAGAUGGCACAACCUCCUCCUUUGUCAGUGUUGACAGGAGCCCCUGUUCGUUCUUAGCUUAUAUCAAUGAUCUGCCCGAGAAGCUGACCGUUCAAGCAAGACCAUUCUUAGACAACACGGUGUCAACAGGUCUGACCAAGACCAGCUACAAAAGGACCUCCAGCGGUUAGCAGAGUAGGAGAUGAGCUGGGACAUGGAAUUUCAUCCCGUAAAGUGCAAGACCCUGUCAGUCUCCAGAAGCAAAUCCCCUGUACACGACCCUUACGAAUGGCAUGUCCAUAUUGUUGAGCCAUUUUCCUCCAUUAGGUACAUAUGUGCUACCAUUCAAAGAGAGGUCCGCUGGGACGAGCACAGUGACAACGUGUGCAACCGAGCUAACAAGACCCUGGGGUUCCUAAGGCGAAAUCUGAAGAUCGGCAACUCAAGCGUGAAAGAAAAAGGCUAUAAAGCCUGCGUCCGGCCGCUUUUAGAGUACGCAUCUUCAGUCUGGGACUCUUUCCCCAGAACAUCAUCGACAGGUUGAAGGCGGUCCAGCGACGGGCAGCACGCUUUGUCCUGAACCGUUACAGAAAUCUCUCAAGCGUUGGCAAUAUGCUGGAAACACUAGGCUGGUCACCAUUGGAAGAACGAUGACGACUAUCCAGGCUCUUUAUGUUGCACAAGAUCAAAAAUCGGCGGGUCCACUGCUCCAGCAUUAAACAGAAACCCGUCCAUCUCCCCCACCCCCCCCCCCCCCCCCGACAGAGACGAGGCCACGACAGGCAGUUCCGGCUAACAAAAACAAGAACUCGGUACAGGAGAUCCUCAUUCCUGCCAAAGACAAUAAGGGACUGGAACAAGCUUCCAAAAGAAACAGUUGAAGCGACUAUACUUGACACAUUUGUGUCUAUUGCCUCCUGUCUUCCAAACCCCAGUUCAUAAUACAACUGCUGAGUAGCUCUUGCAACCAGUGACGUAUCCCCUUGAAAUCCAUGCACAGUAACAUCGCGAACUACUCUGAAACAUAGGAGCCAGAAUGAUCAAUUCAUUGAUCGUGGGUCCUCAAAAUAUAGAAGAAGAAAUAUAAGUUAUUUCCAUAAUAUUAGUGAACACUACGACUAUAUUUAUUGCCAUUAAAUCAAAGAGCUAAAAUACUAAAUAGUCUUAUAUGAAAAAUCACAAUAUAGUGUCAAAUGUCAACAACAACAAAAAUCAGAACCCACGGCUCUCUCUCUCUCUCUAUCUCUCUCUCUCUAUCUCUCUCUCUCUAUCUCUCUCUCUCUCUCUCUCUCUCCCGUCAUUGAGAUACCAAGUCUUGUGAGUUAGCACCUCCCCUCAGAUAUUUCAUCUAAUUUUUCUUCAAUUGAAAAAAAAUAAAUUCCGUGGCCUAUUUUGAUGUAAGGUUUCAACCAACACUUUUAUCGGUUACAUGUCAAUUGUAUCUACUUCUCCUACCUGUUGAAAUUAACUGAUUUACAAGCUGCAAAGUCGGAAUUACCAAAGCAUACUGAGACAAAAUAUCGGUAUUGAAUAUGAUAAUAAUCGUUUACAAAUUUGAGGUUUUCUGAAUGUAAGGAAAUUGAUUUAAAAUACGAGCUCGUUAAAGUACACGAAAUAUACAUCGUCAUAAUUGUAUUUAAAGGAGAGGUCAAUAAUGAUCAGACUUAUAACAACGACUAGAAAAUAACAAAUUCUUGUAAAACUAUCCGUAUGGACAAUUGUUAUGAUGGCAAUUAUAUUUUUAAACAAUGUAUAAAUAUUUUUCAACACUGAACUAAUUGAUGCAUCCUUUUUUGCAGCCAAAAAACCAAAGAAUUGUUACAUGACGGACUAUGCUAAUGACUGGGAUGGGAAAUUACUCUUGAUUGUCCCACCUGGCUCUGUGCUAAAAGGAGCGUUUAGUUAUUUUCACGAUGGACACAAGUAAGUCUUCUAUUAAGGGAAUACCCAAAUAAAAUGAGUAAAACAGAAUAGGGUUAAACCUGAAAAAAAUAAACGCAACAAAACAGCGAACGUGUCGGCAGAAAGCCUUCGUCAGCGAACAAAACAACAGAAAAAACGGUAUAAAAAUAAAAAUAAGAAAUAGCACUUAGCUGGUAAGUAGUAUCUGUAGGCAGCAAUAGAAGUGUGGCAGAAGGAAAAUGAGUGAGAGUUUAAAUAAGCAGCGGCGAAAAAGAGGGGGGAGAAAAAAGUUCACUAUGAUAGGUAAUACCCAACACGAUAGAAAACACGUUUUUUUAUGGGACCCUCUCCUUCUGGACAUUUUGUUCAACCAUUCCCCUAAACCAAAGGUCACCAAACUACGUGGCCUGGAUCGGGGCCACAUCGUCAGUUCAUCAGGAACACCGACAGUGCUUAAAUUAGCUUGAUAAAACGUUUGGAAUACGGUACAUUGUGAAACAAUUAUUAAAUUUGGAUACUAUUAUUAGAAUACUAGAAGAUCUUCACAUGUGUGGAGACCUCCUGGCGACCUUGGGCCUUAAAAUUACCAUUUUCAUUGUUAAACUAUUGUAACUAGAUUUUCUUGUUUAUAUAAUAUUGUAAUGUUUGCUUGUUGUUUGCGCAAGCCCAAGUCCUUCCCGGGGUCCGGGUAGCUUGGCCUACGCCCUUACGUCACCAUGGUUUCCAAGGCAACACGCACAAAUACGCAUCUUUCCCGCUCCCAGAUAGUUCCAACUGUCAGCACAGGUUCAAAUCUCCAGAAAUAUUUACUUCUUUUCUUUCUCCUUUCAUUCAAUUUAAAGGUAUAUAUGAUUAUGUGGCUCCCGCACGUUAUUUUGUCAGUUAUCAGGCUCACUGUAAAACAAAAAAAGUUUUGUAGCCCCUGGUCUAUAUAGAAAAUCUCAAAAGGUCAUCAGGGUCUCUCGGUAUCUUUGUCACUGUAUCUCGGUAUCUCUGACACUGUGUCUCGGAAUCUCUGUCAUUGUCUCUAUACCUCGGUGAUUGUGUCUCGGUAGCUCUGACACUGUAUCUCAGUAUCUCUGUCAUUAUGUCUCGAUAUCUCUCUCACUGUGUCUAGUUAUCACUGCCAUAGUGUCUUGGCAUCUCUGUCCCUGUGUCUCAGCAUCUGUGUCAUUGUGUCUCAGCAUCUGUGUCAUUGUGCCUCAGCAUCUGUGUCAUUGUGUCUCAGCAUCUCUGUAAUUGUGUCUCGAUACCACGGUCAUUGUGUCUAGGUAUAUCUCGGUCAUUGUACUCCACAGAAGCCUUUCGUGUACGUAAGCGUAAAUCGUGUUUGGAAUGUACAGUAAAACAACCGAUCAAUGAUUCAUGAAUUAAAUUGCUCAGCUAUUGCCAUUGCUAUAGGCAGAAACCUAGGGGCAGACGACUCACCGGUCGCCCAAGGCUGAGAUGCAUUGUGGAGACGGAUUUACACUAGUUGGGGGUUCGCGCAUGGAGGCGGAAAGCCAUAGAUCGCUCCAAAUGGAAGGGUGUGGUGGAGCAAUCCAGGGCACUACAUGGGCUGUAGUGCCACUGAUGAUGAUGAUGAUUACCACUGCUGCCAUCCUUUAGGAACUAAAUCUACAUUUAUAAACGAAAUCAGUCAAAGAAUGUGUACAAUGAAACCUUGAUAGAAAUGUAUAGAUUUUACAACAAACUUGUGUGAAUACUCACACCUUCAAUGUUUACGUUUAAGUUUUUCCCAUUAUUUCUUUUAUUAAUUUUUUUUUUAAUCUCCAGGGACAGAAGAUGGAAGUUUUACAUUUGCGACUUGUAGUUGCACUACUUGACAGGUGCCAUCGAUGAUCUGAUUACAUGAGGACAGUAUUUGUAAAUAUUUUGAAAUAAAUUGAUUGUUCCUCCCAAAUCACCGUUUUUCCUUCACUAAAGAGAUCUGAUAGAUUCUGUUUUUACAGCACACUGUCACA